CACGAACCAACGCCCGGCCACUUUUUUUUUCAAGUAGAUGAGCGCAUAAGUAGCUGUAGCACCACAAGUGUGCAUUAACCUACAAGCCCUAGUAGCCCUGUGCUGCUCUAGUACCCCCACCCAAUUAGCGCCUCGCCAUGAUGUCUUCCAUCCGGUCAAUACGUCUCAUGCUGCGGCGUGUCCUGUUGGUCGUGACCACGCAGCGUGUUCUCUUGCACGACCUGCUCUACGGAGGUUAUUUGUUCGCAAGCGGCAUCGUGGCUGCUUCUAGCCAGACCGCUUCAACACCCGGCAGCAGAAGCAGCCGUCGCACCGGUCGCUCCUCUCCAGAGGACACAGCUCCAUCUUCUCCAGGACCCUCCUACAAACGCAGCAAAAACGACCCGGCGAAAUGCGGCGUGUGUUUGAUUGGGAAGACGCAGAGUCCGCUGAACGUAACGUCCUAUAUGGUCUCUAACCUGCUCGAGCCGCUGAAUUACGCGGAUUUGUUUCUCGUUUCCCCGGAUGGGUACCGGGUCGUCGACGCCAUCGUAUGAGAGUGCACAACUCCCCCUCCCCCUCAUUUGUAUGGCAUGAACAGCAAUACAAACACCAGCACACGUGGAGCCUGCGCAUCACAAAUUCUUUAUGCGCCUAGUGUAGUACUGUUUGCGCUUCCAAAAUCUGUCAUGCAGAGAGAGCCUAAAGGCAAGGCAUGGAUUUGGUAUUUUGCAUUACAAAAAAGGUGGAGGGGGAGUUGUGCACCCUCAUAUACCGUGAAAAACGGCCAUGAGUGUGUGGAAGAGUUUUACCACGACAAAAAUAGUAGGGCGGAUGAAGAUAAGAAUCAUCCUAGUACAAUUUUUCCAAAUCCCGCAACCGCAUCACAAACGCACACCGAUAAGAACCGGGAGCAGCAGGAG